GAGACAUUGCAGAUCUAGAGACGUUACAGAACGAAAUCUUUCUUAUCUUUUCCCUCUCACUAAACGCUUCGGGUCCGUGCAUUGACGGCGGAAAAUGUAGGAGAAGAAAAAAACCAGAAAUACUCGAGGAAGUUAUCCGUUUGUAGAGUAGAAACAAGGAACUGCAGAUGCUGGUUUACAAAAAAAGUCACAAAGCGGUGGAGUAACUCAGCGGGUCGGACACCAUCUGAGAAGGCUUGACAAUGAACCUGUUGCCCAAGUGCUCAAAGGAGUUCAGUUCUGCUGAAUAUUGGGAAACAUUCUUCAAGAAACGGGGUGGAAGUGCCUUCGAGUGGUAUGGGACCUACGUGGAUCAUUGCGCUGUGCUGCACAAGUAUAUUAAGCGUAACGAUAAGGUGCUGGUGGUGGGCUGUGGCAACUCUGAGCUGAGCGAGCAGAUGUAUGACGUGGGCUAUCAGAGCAUCACCAAUAUCGACAUCAGCCCAGCCGUGAUCAGCCACAUGAAGGAACGCAACGGGGCCCGCCGGCCGGCCAUGGCCUUCGCCAAGAUGGACGUGGGGCAGAUGGAGUUUGCCGACUCCCAGUUCCAGGUGGUGCUGGACAAGGGCACCCUGGAUGCCAUCAUGACGGACGAGAGCGAGGGAACGCUGCGCAAGGUGGAGGAGAUGUUCGGUGAGAUCGGGCGGGUCCUGCGUCUGGGCGGGCGGUUCCUGUGCAUCUCGCUGGCCCAGGAGCACAUCGCCAGGAAGGCGGUGAGAUACUUCAGCCAGCAGGGCUGGCUCGUCAGGGUCCACGUGGCGGGAGAGCGGGCCGAGGCCGGCGGCGGGCAGUUCGUGAUGUUCACCUUCGUCUUCACCAAGUUCAAGAAGCUCCCCGGAGGCGGGCAGGGGAUCCUGGAGAUGUGCGGGGAAGGCGGAGACCAGGAGAAGCCUCUCCGGCUGGAGAGCGUGGAGCAGCUGCUGGAGGCGGUGAAAGAGCGGCAGCGCUACGCCCUCCUCCGAAACCAUCUGACCAAGGGCUCCAGCAGCGGCGAGAGCCUGUCCCUCACCCUCUGCGAUCGGCAGUCGGGCAAACCUCGCUACUCCAUCUACGUUGUUGAUCAGCCCUCCAUCAAGCCCGCACGUGCAAACAACUUCGCCAUCUUCAUAGUUCCGCAGGGCAGGGAGGCCGAGUGGAUCUUUGGGACAGACGAGGGUCGCAAACAGCUCGGCAGAAGUGCUGACUUCAAGCGUCUGCUGGUGGUGUCUCUCCAUCGUGACCAACACUACCAGAGCAUGGAAGCCAUUCAGUCCGAGCUAUCGGGGAAGGUGAUGGAGUUGGCUCCUUCUGGACUUCCGCCAGGUCAACAGGUCCCUUUUCUUUCCGUCGGCGGCGAUAUAGGGGUCCGCAAAGUCCAGCAUCGUGGCGUGAGUGACGCCAGUGGCGAGUACGUCAUUGAAGACGUCAAGGGAGAAGACGGCAACUACUAUCGGCACCUGGUGUUCCUCAGCAACGUCAAUGUGGUGCAGUCGGAGAGUAAACUAUUGUACCCCGCCUCCAAGUCAGAUUCAACACAAAAAAAGAAAAAGAAAGACAAGAGGAAAGGGCGAUUAUGCUCUGAAGUUGAGAAAACUCCGAGUUCAAUGCCUGGACAAGUUAUUGACAAAAGCUACCUCUGCUGCGAUCACCAUCGAGUCAUGAUUGCUGGCCUGGUCUUUCUCCGUAGAAAAGGUGGUUUUCAUGCCGAUGCCGGGGUCUCCCUGCUGGUGGUGGGCCUUGGCGGAGGGAGCCUCCCAUUGUUCAUCCACGACUACUUCUCCCAAUCGACCGUCGACACCGUUGAGAUCGACCCUGAGGUAGUGGAGGUGGCCACCAAGUGGUUUGAAUUUACCCAGGACGAUCGGAUGCGGGUGAUUUUGGCUGAUGGCUUGCACUAUAUACGUACCCUUGCAGACAGUGGGAGUGGCUCCUAUGAUGUUGUCAUGUUUGAUGUGGACAGUAAGGACACAACCCUCGGAAUGAGUUGUCCACCACCAGCUUUUCUAGAGCAGGCAUUUCUCCAGAAAGUACGAAGUCUUUUGGCUCCUCAAGGUUGUUUCAUUGUUUCAGGCCUCUUUGUUCUAAAUCUGGUGUGCAGAGAUCGUGCACUGAGAGAGAAGGCAGUGGAGGUCAUCAAAUUGGUCUUCCCUCUUGUUUGCCUGCAGAAGAUCGAAGGCGAGGUAAAUGAAAUUUUGUACUGCCAAUUGUCCACGGAGCUGAAAGCUGUUUCUAAAGACCUCCUGGAGGCUGGUCAGAUAUUGGAGGAUGAUCUAAAGAAAACUGGCAAACACUGGGACCAAACCUAUAGACUCGCAGAGAUGUUGGAGAAAGUUACAAUCGUGUGACAAUUUCUGGAUCACUGGAUUAAGAUACACAUGAAAAGAUUUAUAUUUAUUAUUUCUAUUGUUUUUUAUUGUCGAUAAAUUCUGGACUUGGAAGCCUUCAAAUUUCCUGCACCAUUCGUAAACCACUCUGAAUAUGUAUGCUCCUGGUACAUUAUCUGCUGCUCAAAUUGUGUUUAAACAACAAAGUAUAUCUCGUAGGUACACAAAAAUGCUGGAGAAACUCAGCGGGUGCAGCAGCAUCUAUGGAGCGAAGGAAAUAGGCACCGUUUCGGGCCGAAACCCUUCUUCAGACUGAUGGGGGGUGGCAGGGAGAAGAAAGGAAAAAGGAGGAGGAGGAGCCCGAUGGCUGAGGGAUGGGAGGAGACAGCUCAAGGGCUGAGGAAGAGGAGGAGACAGCAAGGGCUAACAAAAGAUGAUCAUUGAAUUCUCCCAAUUUUGUUAGCCCUUGUGUACCUUCAAUUUUCCAGCAUCUGCAGUUCCUUCUUAAAAAAAAGUAUAUCUUGUGUUCUACGGUAUACAAGAGACAUUGGAAGAUCCAAAGUGCUGGAGUAAAGGGCCUGUCCCACUUUCACGAGGUAAUUCACGAAUUUUCCCGAGUUUUCCUCUUGUUUCAAACUCGCAGAAUGUUCGUAACGAGUCCGCGGGUGUUCGUAGAUAUAUCGUAGCGGCUCAUUAUGCCAGCCGUAGGUACUCGUGGCAUUAGGUAAGUCGGGAAGUUUUUUCCAGCCCGAUAAAAAAUGUCCACGAGUAAAAAAAUGGUCGGGGUGAAAGAAAUUGCAACUUUUUACUCGUAAGGAAGGCAUUGAAAUAGUCGUGGGAAUUUGUAGACAUCCUCGUAGGAGUUCGUGAACAUAGUCGUGGAAGGUCGUAGGAGUUCGUAGAUUACCACAAACUUGAUUAUUUUUUUUUAGGUCCUUUAAACUCGGCAGAGGUUUUGAAUUAAGUCGUGAAAGUGGGACAGGCCCUCAGCUCAACGGGUCAGGCAACAUCUCUGGAGAACACGGAUAGGCGACCUUUCAGGUUGUGACCCUUUGUCAGAUGUUCUGGUCGUGACCCAAAACGUUGCCUGUCAAUGUCUUCCAGAGAUGCUGCCUGACCCACCGAAUUACUCCAGCACUUUGUGCUUUUUCUUUUGUAAACUAAUAUCUGUAGGACCAUGGGUCUAUGUCAGACAUUGGAAGGCUUUGUUUUAAAAGAAAAAAAAUUGGGAGUUGCAUUCACAUUGCAAUGAAAUGUGUUUGAGAUGCGCGGUAAUGUUUUGAACGGAAUAAACUAAUACUCCAGUUCUGCAGUAGCAAGCGUUUGCUGGAAGUCAUCUUAUGUGGUGGCUCUUAAGUGUUGUCAUUUAUAUAAGGAGUUGCACAGACCAAGACGCCAUAGAUCGGAUCCUUGUAUCUUACUUUCAACAUGGGUGGCGUGGGUGCGUGCAUGUGCGCAUGUACUUUGAGGAUGAUAGUCAAGGGGUGGGGAUGGUGCAGUAGGUCGUGUUCAAGGUCGCAGGAAGACCAAGGGGUACGAAGAAGUAUAAUGCAUUGUGCGCAGAGAUUGCCAUUUUUAAAUGGUAAGGGAGAUUUUGUUGCAUUGUCAAAAGCGUAAAAGUGGAGAGAUUGAAAAUAGUAGUGGAAUGAGUUAGCAGAGAUUUGAAAGGCGACUCCAAAUCUGUAGCAACUUUGGAGAGGAAAGGGAAAUUACAUUAGGCGCAUAGGGGAGCUUAUUGUAUUUUAAAUAAGUGAUAAUGGGACUAUUGUGUAAGAAAGAACUGCAGAUGCUGGUUUAAAUCGAAGGUCGACACUAAAUGCUGGAGUAACUCAGCGGGUGAGGCAGCAUCUAUGGACAGAUGGAAUGAGUGACCCUUCUUCAGACUGAUGUCAGGGGAGGGGGCGGGACAAGGAUAGAAUGUAGGCAGAGACAGUAAGACUAGUGGGAGAACUGGGAAGGGGAAAGGGAUGAAGAGAGAGAGAAAGCAAGGGCUAUCUGAAGUUAGAGAGGUCAAUGUUCAAACCGCUGGGGUGUAAACUACCCAAGCGAAAUAUGAAGUGCUGCUCCUCCAAUUUGCACUGGGCCUCACUCUGACAAUGGAGGA